AUGGCUGACUUUGCCGAGAAUACCUUCUGCUCGCUGUGCGGUGUGCUUAUCGAACCCCACGAUGGUACUCCUGUCAACGAGGAUAACAGCCUGCCUUGGAAUUCAGAGGUGCGUGCAAUCAGGACUCGACAAUCCUAUCAGGAUCCAUUCGUGACAGGUAUUGGGUAUCUCAACUUCCAUCGUGAAGUCAUUGCCGACUUACGAACGGACGUUGCACAUACGGCCUCCAAUGUAGAACUCCAGGCACAUGAGCUUGGUCAAGGUCCACACCGUUAUUGGUGUUUUCCCGUCCAUGAAGCCUGCUGGCAGCUCCUUUACUAUCGUGUUGAAUCCUGGAAGCGUAAUAUCACUUCUGAUACUAUCGCUCGCCAUCUAUUUGCUAUUCUAUACAACACCCCAACAGAUGGCGCCCGGCUGCUGCUUCCUGGGCAUGAUUAUGGUGGCGCAGCAAUAUUCCAGGGCCCGUCGAGAACUCCUGUUGUCUCAGAGAUUUACAACUCUAAGCUGUUCUAUAUCAACCAUGACCCAAAUGACUGGUUCGAUUUCGAUCUGGCCCAGAACGGAGAAGUCGAACAUCCCUCUGGUACAGGUUGCUGCGAAAAGCACUGGCCCUCUUCUCCCGAUUUGUCCUUACUUUCCCUCGAAUCGUUUGCGCUAGACCUAUCAACUCUAAAGCUAUCCGAUAAUGACGAGACUAAAGACAUUUUUCGGGAUCUGCCCAGCGAAAUCAUUAUGCUAAUACUUUGUUAUUUACCAACCACUUCCGUCUCCAGCUUACGUCUUGUUUCUCCCUCCGUGGCUAGGGCAUCACGGCCACAACUGUUACCUCAAUCAUUCUGGUCAAGUCGUUUCUCGCUUAACCAUGAGAUGGAAUUUGCCUUUGCUAGCAGGAGCAAAAUUCUACCUCCUGAGCCCAUCAAUUGGCGCCGACUAUACAUAGCGGCCAGAACGAUGAUCAAAGAUCCUAACACUUAUCCAGGCUUUCAGAACCGACAAAGAAUCUGGAAAGCCCUCGUUCAUGUCCUGCCAGCUCUCGAACUACGUAUCAAGAAUGAGAAUGACAUAGCCACGACACCAUACAAGGAUGACAUGGGCAUAUCCUCGUUUGAUCGAUCUUCCGUGGUAUCCGGCGAACUGACUUUCCAAUACCCAAAAUCGUCACUCCGAGACAACGGUGCAAGUACAGAGCUCGACGCUGGCUGCCGUUUGUUCGAGAAGCAGCAGUUGGACUGGACCAAAGCAGCAGCAACACAAUCUAUGGUACUGGGUGUUUCACUUCUACGCCACGAUGGAAGAACCUACAUCAGUGGGUUUCGGCUCCUUCCAGCAGGAGAAAAUUGCGAACGAAAUGAACUGGACAGAGCUGGCCUGAUUAACACAAAGAAUGAACAAUUACUGACAUUGGGUAUAUCAAGUACCCUAAAAGCCGUAAGAGUACGCGUCGUCCCUCAGGGCAUUAUUGGCUUAUGCCUCGUUCUGGAAAAUCCCAGUGGCGUUGAUUCUCACUGCUUCGGAGAUUUCGGUCUUGCAGACCCUGAAAGCGGUGUUGCUGAACUUCAAUCGGGAGCACAGUUGCACUCCUGCACAUUCAUCGUUGGUCUUGAUGCAUGCAAAUUAGUGUCAUUGCAACUGGCCAGGGUUCACCCAAAAGGAAUUUCAAGCAUCCGAUCGCUUCCUGACCUAAAACAUACAGGAAGAAAUGCAGAUGAAAUGGCGGAGAUAUGGAGCCCAGUGGUGCCUACAACAUCACCAAGCUGGCGCUCCCCCCGCCCAUUCCCACCACAGACCUUUAACAGGUGCCUUCAUGUGGACUUUGGGGGUCCCAACGGCACGCUACUGAAAACUCUCGUCAUGAUCAACGUCUUCAUGGGCGAGUUCCCACAUGUUUUCCUCGGUUUCUCUUUCAUAUACUGCGAUGGCAGUGAGCGUCUCUUUGGACAUAGAAGCUAUCAAAUACGAUCCGCGCGUAGUUACCCUUGUGUCGUUCAGUCAUUUUCGAUAGCGGGGGGAAAGGGUGAGGUUCUUCAGGAGAUAUGGACGAGCUAUUCCAGGAAAAACGACACCAUUCAAGCUGUUUGCUUCCGGACAAACUUCAAUCGCUCGAGAGAAUUUCGUUUGUUUGGUACGGAAGCAUACGAUGGUGAGUGUACAGUCAAUUCUAUGAUUGCACCUUUGGGAGAAAGUAUUUCGGGGUUCUCUGUCAAGCUUAAAUCGCCACAUGAUCAAAUUCGGGACCUGGUUGUAGACCUGUGUACAGUUUCACAUGCUCCGAGUGAGGAAAACACAACGGGCAUCUCUGAUAUCUUCUCGGUAUCGCCAUUUCACCUUGGUUCUGCGCAGGAACUAUUGGCAUAUAUCGGAGGUUUUGCUUUCAGAACAGCUGAUCUGGCCGGACUUCGACGAAUACGUUUUUCGGGUGGUAUCGAGGGAUGUUCGCGUGGCCCUGAGCACAUGACAGGUCUUCAACUAGAAUAUACUGAGGACGAAGCUCCACAUAUUAUUGGUCAGUGGCUUAACGGGCUUGUCUCAUUUGAGCUCGAGCCAGACGAGCGCUUGGUUGAGAUCACCACGUGGCAUGGAAUUGUUAACCGGUUCAGCCGUGUCAAGUUUGGGCCUCUGACCAGAAUAGAGUUCGUCACCUCAAAGGGCAGGCGCUUGAUAAACACACAACAUAAACGCCACGAGGAUCUCGUCUGUCUAAAAUACCGAGAAAACCCUUACGAAAAACUCGACACCAUUGUGUGGGGAUGUAACUUUCAAUGGGAUCAUGUUCGAGUCCUCUCCACGCCAAAACCUGAGAGACAGACGAAGAGGUUGAUUUUGAGCCCCACUGCUCGCGAGACACCACAAUGGACUGUGAGAGAGAAGAUCUUCCUCGAAGAGCAAGAUUCAAAUGGUAAUGCCGACUCGGUAGAGUUUAUCACCAUCACGUUCAAAUCGCUUAGCGACGAGCCUUCAGGGCUCAGCUUCAUGUAUCGCUCAGGAAAGACGCAGGUAAUCGGCAGCGAAGGGGAGCGGCCGUGCAGGCAAGAGCUGCAGGAGGGCGAGAAGCUGACACGGAUGGAUGUCGGCAUUCUCAGGGCCAACAGACUCGGUUCCAUUGCUUUCCACACGGACAAGAACAGAGAACUGACCUUCGCGCCGGAGAGCCGACCUGUACCGGCUAAAAGAACGGUACCUUCACGUGUGCGACCUAUUAAUAUGGUCCAAAAGGUCGAGACCCAUCUCCUGCGACGAGAAACCAGCCCGGGAGCUGCUGAAGAAAGCCUCAAUCACUCGUACAAUGUACCAGAGUCGGCCGGCGAUUUCGUCGGCUUGUGGGCCGUCCCGGCCAGGAAAGAUGGGACUUUGAAAUACCCAUUAUUCGGCCCCAUAUUUGAAACUGAUAUUUCCACGUGA